GGGCGGGGUCCAAGGUCGUGGGUCCAGAAGACCAAUGGAGGCCAGAAGCCGGGGAAGAGUGACAAGCGAAUCUCGGCCUUGGGGCCACAAACCUUGCCCAAAUCUCUGUCCUGCCGUCUCCAUUUAGCCUCUGGCAAAUCGCCUUCCCUCGGUUCCCCCUCUUCUGCGAAAUGUAUUCCCCAACGGCUUCCCGAGUAUCUACUGCGACGGUCCAGAUACUGAACUGGGAAUGCAGCGGUGACAGGGGGCAGCCUCAAAAGAACACACGCGCUCUCAAAACAAAGGAAGACGGGUCCUGGACCGCAGAGGAAGCAGGAAGCUGUGACCCUGCUCUGAGCCCAGCUGCCGGGGCCCGGGGACAGCGGGAUGGAGUCCGUGGCCCUGUACAGCUUCCAGGCCACCGAGAGUGAUGAGCUGGCUUUCAACAAGGGGGACACGCUCAAGGCUGUUUCAGUUCCUCUUGGCCCACCUGCGGGGCUGCAGACGUCUCCACCACGGACAAGGAGCCAUGUGACCUGGCGGCCAGGCCUCAGCUGCACCCUAGCCCGAAGGCCUCCCCUGCUUUGCUCUCUGAUCCUGAACAUGGAGGAUGACCAGAACUGGUACAAGGCUGAGCUGCGAGGGGCCGAGGGCUUUAUUCCCAAGAACUACAUCCGCAUCAAGCCCCACCCGUGGUAUUCAGGGAGGAUUUCCCGGCAGCUGGCUGAAGAGAUUCUGAUGCAGCGGAACCACCUGGGCGCCUUCCUGAUCCGGGAGAGUGAGAGCUCCCCGGGGGAGUUCUCUGUGUCUGUGAACUACGGCGACCAGGUCCAGCACUUCAAGGUGCUGCGUGAGGCCUCCGGGAAGUACUACCUGUGGGAAGAGAAGUUCAACUCCCUGAAUGAGCUGGUGGACUUCUACCGCACCACCACCAUCGCCAAGCAGCGGCAGGUCUUCCUGCGGGAUGAGGAGCCCCUGCACAAGGACAGCCGUGUUGGUCUUUGUAGAUGGCGCGGUAGACUUGGAGCAAGAGGCGAGUCCCAGGUCAGUUCUGCCCCCACCCCAGCAGCAGACGAGCUGAAGCCCCCCCUCACGGCGCCCUCCCCUCGCAGGGCCCCCACGCCUGCUUUGCCCAGGCCCAGUUUGACUUCUCGGCCCAGGACCCCUCGCAGCUCAGCUUCUACCGCGGUGACAUCAUCGAGGUCCUGGAGCGCCUCAACCCCCACUGGUGGCGGGGCCGGUCUGGCGGACGCGUCGGCUUCUUCCCGCGCAGCUACGUCCAGCCGGUACAGCUGUGACCCGGGCGGGGGCCUGGGGUGGGAUGCAGAGCCAUCGGGCCGGCAGGCCACCAGACACUGGGGUCCAGAGAGAGGGAGUGGAUGCCCUGUCCCGGGGUCCCACAGGACGCAGCCGAGUGACUCGGACUGGAACGUGGCCCUCCUCUUGGCUGGGCUCGGGCUCCUGCUGCCUCACACACACUGAGACGGGUCCCCGAGGCCCAAGGACCACUGCGAUGCUCAGUGCCCACCCAGCAAGGGACGCCCCCAGGGUUUCCCGCUGGCCUCUUCCCAUUGACUGCAAGCUGCAUGGUGUCACAGGACCCGGGGACAGAAGCCUCACUCAUGCCAACCAUCAAUGGCCACGGGCUCAGGGGGAGUUGAGGGCCCCUAUAUGUGGGGGCUCUACCUGAGGAAGCAUGGCAGAUGGCUUCACCCGGGGCCACCAUCUGCUGAGCCUCCCUGCCCACCCUCAGAUGGGCCCUUGAGGUGUGCUGGCUACCAGGAAGGUGGCUUAGUCGUGAGGGACAGGCAAGGGGCCUGCACACGUGUUGACCUGGACCGAUGGACGAUGGACUGUCAGACUCCAGGUGGAGACUGACUUCUCAGCAGCCCCGUGACAACUUCGGCCCCCCUGGGUGCCCAACACCCCGCCCCACCACGGGCACUUUGGGGACAGCCUGAGGGAGAAGAGGGCAGGGAUGGGACACAGUUCCCACUCGGGGAGCCUGGCCGCUCUGGCUCUGGGUGGUUUAGGCCCAACCUCUGCCCAGACUGAAGCUCCCGGAGGCCAGGCGGGAGGUCGGACCACAGCUGGACUUUGAGGGCUUGCAGGAUCUGGGAUGGGACCCUGGCCUGAGCAAAGGUGGGGCGUCCACACAGAAUGUGCCACCAGCAGCCGGUACUGACUAGCCCCUGCCCAGGGCCUGGGCACUUUGGGGAGCAGGAAGCGUGAAGGGGGGAGCUCUGAAAACGCUUUGAAUGCCAGGCUGAUGGUGGAAGGGGCAGCGAGCAGGGAGGGAGGGAGAGGACGGCCUCGUGGCAGCCAGGAGCAGCUGGGAUGGGGACAAGGGCCCAGUGAGGGGGCUCUCCCUCUGCCCAGGGCCGGCCGGAGACCCUUCAAGCCCUGAGCUGCUCCUGACCUGGGCCCGUGUAUUCCAAAUAAAGACAGAAAAAUGAGUAUAA